CCGGCGCAGCGCUCAGUACAGGGAGGGUCUCCUGACCGCUGAGCCGCAUUGCCGAGCCGUACCGCUCAGCUUCAUAGCGCUGAAGCAUAGUGCGCUCUUUGCUAAGGGUGUGCGCCGCAUGACUGGGAAAAGGCGGCAUUCAUGACAAUAAAUGGCAUUUCAUAACUACCGGAAUAUCUAAGACCCCGGAGAAGGGACAAGUGAGCAGAGGUACAAAGUGCAAGAGUCCCAGCUAUGGGCGAGUCCAACGGGAGUCAGCUGUCGACAGCGCACACAGGCACAAAUGGCUAUCUGCCGGGAUUCCUGGCCGAUCCCUUCACGGACAGCUACAACAUGGACUACGGGGUGCCGGAGGAUGAGAUCCCCGACACCACACAGGGCUGCGCCUUCUUCGUAGCCACCAUCGUCAUCGGUGUGGUGCUCGUCUGCAUCAUGCUGGUCUGCGGCGUGGGCAACUUCCUGUUUAUCGCCACCCUGGCGCGGUAUAAGAAGCUGAGGAACCUCACCAACCUCUUGAUCGCCAACCUGGCUGUGUCAGACUUCCUAGUGGCCGUGGUCUGCUGCCCCUUCCUGGUGGACUACUACGUGGUGAAGCAGCUCUCCUGGGACCAUGGGCUCCUGCUUUGCGCCUCCGUCAGCUACCUCCAAACGGUCUCCCUGUAUGUGUCCACCAACGCCCUGCUGGCCAUUGCAGUGGACAGGUAUAUGGCCAUCGUCCAUCCCCUGAGGCCGCGAAUGAAGCACCAGACGGCCUAUUGCCUGAUUGUAGGCGUGUGGAUCGUCCCAGUCCUCAUCUCCAUCCCCUCUGCCUACUUUGCCUCAGAGACCACAUACCCGCACGGUUCCUCCCAGACCAGCAAGGUGUUCUGCGCCCAGAUCUGGCCUGUGGACAAGCAGCUAUAUUACCGCUCCUACUUCCUGUUCAUCUUUGGCGUGGAGUUCGUAGGCCCCGUGCUGACCAUGACGCUCUGCUACUUGCGAAUCUCCCAGGAGCUGUGGUUCAAGACCGUGCCGGGCUAUCAGACAGAGCAGAUCCGGAGGCGGUUGCGGGGGCGCCGGAAGACCGUCGUGGUGCUGAUAGGCAUCUUGACGGCCUACAUCCUCUGCUGGGCCCCGUACUACGGCUUUGCAAUCCUGCGUGACUUCUACCCCACGGUCAUCUCGCGGGAGAAGAACUCCCUGGUGGCGUUCUACAUCAUCGAAUGCAUCGCCAUGAGCAACGGCAUGAUCAACACCCUCUGCUUUGUCAGUGUCAGGAACAACACAGUCAAGCACUUGAGGAGGAUCGUGCUGCUUCGAUGGAGGUCCACCUACGUGCCCGGCAAGACUGCCGAGGACACGGACCUCCGGACCUCCUCCAUGCCAGUGACAGAGAUCGACUGCAUUCGCCUGAAGUAGGACUGAAGACUUCAUUCCAAUGUCAGACUGGACACAUUCAAAUAGACGGAUGCAAGUGGAAAGCUCUGUCACCAUGGUAGCGACUAUGAAACAGAACAUAGAAAAGGACAGCGGGCGGAACAAAAAGCGGUCAUCUUGUAUUUGCAAAGAGGUGGAGCACCUUAACUCCUUAACUGCACACGGUCUCUGUUUGGAGUAGAUGGCCCUGCAGCAGGUGUAGUGUUGACGGCGGUGUAAAAACAAAGGAGAGUUAAUGCUUCAGUUUAUACUUUUCUCUAAAAAUUGCAAAGUCUUUUGUGUUUUCUCAGUAGAUGUAGUUGUGCUUCAUGUGUUUUAUCGUUCAAUAUGUUGACAAU